AUGCCGCCAGCCAAAAGGCGGGUCUCUGGCCAAUCAGGCCAGUCGCAACUGAAGUUCAUGAAGAGUAGCAACAAUCUCGAAAUUGAUGCUACAGCGUCGGCGAUCAAGAAGGUCACCACUUGGUUGGAAGACAACGUGAUCACGGUUGGCGGUCCGGAUGUCUACCUGGAGAAGAAAUACGCUUAUUGCGCCGAGCUUCAGCCAGGGCCACACGUUGUGCGACCCUUCAAUUUGGGGUGGCGUGCAGAUUUUGGUUUGUCUGGAUUCAUAGAGCCUGAGCAACUCAUUCAGCUCAGUGAGCUCUACCUUCUUGAGGGGACACUUGUUUUGCAAACGCUUGACUUGCUUUGUGGGUGCACUGUGUCGAGCGUGGAACGCCUAGCCAUCGCUGGCAAGGUGGACAGUUCUUUUCUGGAUAAGAAGUAUCAUGAACUCCCACCACUGACAGAUGAGGGCUGGGGCCUCAAGGAUGGAAUGGAAACUGCGUAUAGCAUCGGGAAGCAGGAAGCUUCAGCGGUGUUCCAGCUGAUCAACCGUGUGCCUUCGCCCGUUGUGAGCGAGUUGAUCAAGGUCAUGCUUCUGAUUCAGCGCAUGUGCGCUGACUGGGACAAGAUGCACCCUACUCUGCGCAAAGCGUGGAAUGCCCGUGACACUGCGAACCUUCACGCUGUGUGCGGGGGUUUCUUGCACUAUGUCGGCCUGUUGGAAAAGAAGAUUGCGAAGCAUGACUUUGAUACCACGAUUGCUGGUAUCCAGGAGCAGUUCAUGUCGGGGCACCUUGACAUUGACAUCUCGCAUGCUAUGGAGAGCAGCCCUUUCCCAGGUAUUUUUUCAGUGAAAUCGUUGUGGGCAGGUCCGUUUCUUUGGACACGCAGCGGCGAGAGGCUGCUGAGCUUGAGGAAGGGGCAGGCCUAUACCCGGCAGUGGAUGGAGGCAAACUCCAGGUUCAUUGUUGUAGAUGACAGCAUGACGACUGCAAUCAGAGACCUCACAGAGCUUUCCAGCCGUAAGGGUGAAGGUGGUGGUGAUGUGAAAGGUUUGGCUGCGCAUGUUCUGAUCUUGGAAGCCUACCUGCAGGGCGUCGCGUUGAAGGAGAAGGACGAAGUGGUGGUCUUCGACGUUUUGCCAAACAGGUGGGCCGAAUUUGGCCGUGCCAUUGUGCAGCAAAAGCUGACUGGUUCAAAGAUGCAGAAUGUGAGCUACCUUGGGCUCUUGAAGGACUCCCAGCAGGAUGUUGUCCCGAUGGUUGAAGAAGUGGUCUACAACUGGUGGGACCAGUCCAGCCAUGCUCCGCCAAAGAGGCGGCCACGCGACCCGGCUACAAUUCCAGACUUGCGUGUCCUUCGCUGGGAGAAUGACAGGCCAAAAGUUCCGCCUGGAGUCUUAGACAAAUUUCCACGGGGAAGUGAGCAGUACAAUGUGCUGUCAGAAUUGCUGAACGAGUUGAAAGUCUUGUGGCCGGACGCGGAUGACCAAUCUGCUGUUACUGCUCGGCACCAGAACAUGACCAGCAGGGCAAACCCUUCCAACCCUUCCGCCCGAGCCACUGGAUCGCCGGACUUCACCAAUUCAGAUUUGCUGGAUCUUGAACGAGAAGUUGAUUUGGUGAAGAUACCCUCUGAGAGCUUUUCAGAAGAGAGGUUGGCGCUUUGUCCUGGCAAAUCCGGCCGCCCGUCCAUUGUGAUCUCCAAGACCUACGGGGUCUUCCUUGGGAAUUUCACGACAGAGGAAAUGCUUGUCAAGCCAGGUGAACUGUUUGGCUUUAAUACCGGAGCAUUCCAAGUGCUCAUCAUCCGUGGUGCCUUGGCUUUGCUAGGUAGUGGGCACCAAGAGACGGCUACAUUACCUUGGAGGCUUGCCUCCGACAUGAGUUUGGUGGCGCAUGAGAAGCAAUGCAUGCCACUGUGCACGUUUCUGUGCAAGAUGGCUCGUGAGCGGGGCCUUGCAGAUUUCACUGUGUGGGAUCAUGAGAUCGAGCCGAAGACAAGGACAGUUACUGAGAAUGGCGCUGAGUCGACGGUGACUGUCCCAUUCCGCUACAACGUGCGUGUUCCCGACUCCAACAAGUGCAAUUGCUUCAAGCCAAAUGCCUUGGUGAACCCAGACACAGAGGCUCACAAACCUGCGAGCCUUGGAGCUGUGUUCGUCGGCAACCUGAACCACGUUUUGCGGCAAGAGAACUGCAAGCAUGCAGCGUUGGUCUGGGAGGCUGCGCCCGCUUAG